AAUGAAAAUCUUCUCUGAGUCUCAUAAAACUGUUUUUGUUGUGGAUCACUGCCCAUAUAUGGCAGAAUCCUGCAGACAACAUGUUGAAUUCGAUAUGUUAGUAAAGAAUCGGACCCAAGGAAUUAUACCUCUAGCACCCAUAUCAAAAUCACUAUGGACCUGUUCAGUGGAAUCAUCCAUGGAGUACUGUAGAAUAAUGUAUGAUAUUUUCCCUUUCAAGAAACUGGUGAAUUUCAUUGUGAGUGAUUCUGGGGCUCAUGUCUUGAAUUCUUGGACUCAAGAAGAUCAGAACUUGCAGGAGUUGAUGGCAGCGUUAGCAGCUGUUGGGCCACCUAAUCCCCGGGCAGAUCCAGAGUGCUGCAGCAUACUUCAUGGUCUGGUUGCAGCAGUUGAAGCACUCUGCAAAAUAACAGAAUACCAGCAUGAGGCUCGAACCAUGCUCAUGGAGAAUGCAGAACGUGUUGGAAACAGAGGAAGAAUAAUCUGUAUUACUAAUGCAAAAAGUGACAGUCAUGUUCGGAUGCUUGAGGAUUGUGUUCAGGAAACCAUUCAUGAGCAUAACAAGCUUGCAGCUAAUUCAGAUCAUCUAAUGCAGAUUCAGAAGUGUGAAUUGGUCUUAAUCCACACUUACCCAGUUGGUGAAGAGAGCCUUGUUUCAGAUCGUCCUAAAAAAGAGCUUUCACCUGUUUUAACCAGUGAAGUGCACAGUGUCCGUGCAGGCCGGCAUCUGGCUACAAAACUGAAUGUUUUAGUACAACAGCACUUUGAUCUGGCUUCAACCACAAUAACUAACAUUCCUAUGAAGGAAGAACAACAUGCUAACACAUCAGCCAACUAUGAUGUGGAGCUUCUUCAUCACAAAGAGGCACAUGUUGACUUUUUAAAGAGUGGUGAUAAUCAUAUAGGUGGCAAUAGCAGAGAAGGCACAUUUAAAGAAACUGUAACAUUAAAAUGGUGUACUCCUCGAACAAAUAGUGUGGAAUUACACUAUUGCACCGGAGCAUACAGAAUUUCACCGGUAGAUGUAAAUAGCAGACCUUCUUCAUGCCUUACCAACUUUCUCCUUAAUGGUCGUUCUGUUUUGUUGGAACAGCCACGCAAGUCUGGCUCUAAAGUAAUUAGUCACAUGCUCAGCAGCCAUGGAGGAGAAAUUUUUUUGCAUGUAUUAAGCAGUUCACGAUCAAUUCUAGAAGAUCCCCCAUCAAUUAGUGAAGGGUGUGGUGGAAGAGUCACUGACUACCGGAUUACAGAUUUUGGUGAAUUUAUGAGGGAAAACCGAUUAACUCCUUUUCUAGAGCCCAGAUAUAAGACCGAUGGAAGUCUUGAAAUUCCAUUGGAACGUGCAAAAGAUCAGUUAGAGAAACAUACUCGUUACUGGCCUAUGAUUAUUUCUCAGACUACUAUCUUCAACAUGCAAGCUGUAGUGCCAUUAGCCAGUGUGAUUGUGAAAGAAGCAAUGACUGAUGAGGAUGUUCUGAAUUGUCAAAAAACAAUAUACAAUUUGGUGGACAUGGAGAGGAAAAAUGAUCCACUACCAAUUUCAACAGUUGGUACCAGAGGAAAGGGUCCAAAAAGGGAUGAACAAUACCGGAUUAUGUGGAAUGAAUUGGAGACCCUUGUACGAGCGCACAUAAACAACUCUGAUAAACACCAGCGAGUCUUAGAAUGUUUGAUGGCUUGCAGAAGCAAACCCCCAGAAGAAGAAGAGCGCAAGAAACGAGGUCGAAAGAGAGAAGACAAAGAAGACAAGUCAGAGAAGCUGGGCAAAGACUAUGAAUCAGAUAAACCAUGGCAAGAAUCGGAAAGGUUAAAAAGUCUUUUGGAUCGUGAAAAAGAAGAAUUAGCAGAAGCCGAAGUUAUCAAAGAUUCCCCUGAUUCUCCUGAGCCACCCAACAAAAAGCCCCUUAUUACAAUGGAUGAAAUGCCCACUGUUGAAAAGGCAAAAGGGCCAAUGUCCUUGCUGUCUUUAUGGAGCAAUAGGAUUAAUACUGCCAACUCUAGGAAACACCAGGAAUUUAUUGGUCGUUUGAACUCUGUCAACAAUAAAGCUGAGCUAUAUCAACAUCUGAAAGAAGAAAAUGGAAUGGAAACAGCAGAAAAUGGAAAAGCUGGCCGGCAGUGAUUAAUUUUAUUUCUUUGGACAAAACUUGGCUGAAUAGCAAAAAUAUUUAGUGCUGGAACUGAUAUUGGUACCAUUUCAGUACACUUGUAUAGCUCUGUUUUGGUUUUUACAUUUUUCUAUUCUUAUUUUUGCUAUGAAAUAUGAAAUCUGCAUAUCACAUUAA